AUGGCUGCCAAGAAUAUGACAGAGAAUGCUUUGGUCGCUGUAAUUGGUGAUGAAGAUAUCGUUACAGGUUUCCUUUUGGCUGGUUGUGGUCAAAAAGAUAAGAAAAAGACUGAAAAUUUCCUUGUAGUUGACAACAAAACCUCAAUCUCUAAAAUCGAACAAUCAUUUAAAAACUUCACCCAAAGAAAUGACAUUGCCAUCAUUUUGAUUUCACAAAAAAUUGCAGAUGAGAUUAGACCAUUGAUCGAUGAAUAUAAUCAAGUUAUCCCAACUAUUUUAGAGAUUCCAUCAAAGGAUCACCCAUAUGACCCAUCAAAAGACAGUGUUAUGUUAAAAGUAAAGAGAAUGACAGGUGCAGAUUAA